UUAAAAAUAUUCUGCAUUGAAAUAUUUUACAUUAUCGUUGACAUUACAAAGGCGCACAAACGUUGUUACCUGUUCCUUUAAAAAUUCAUUUAGAUUUUACCAUCGAAUUACGUCGCGUAAAAUGCGACAGUACGGCGGAGACGCGUUGGGCCAGCCUGGCCAGCCUGACUGCCCAGCGCAGUCAUUUGUUUGUGGUCGUGAGUCAGGGAGCGGUUACCAAAACAAUACAGCAUGCUUAUCUUUUAACUUGUAUUCUGUAUUAUUUCAACAAAAAAGAAACAAUAUAUGAAAAAUCUUUUCAGAAGUAAUUGUGUGAAAGUACAAUAAGUAUGGCCUCGAACAGUAAAGAAGAUGGUAGUGAGGAUGGCAGAGCAGCAGCAGCACUCCACCCAAUUACAAUUUAUAGACGCAAGAGAAGGAAAGAGGAAUUACAAUUAAGUCUGCUUCGAGCAGCUCUAGUUCCAGCAGAUGAAGUAGAUGAGCAAAUCAACAGUGAAGUCUUUGUGAAUGCUAGGAAUUCACGUGAGGAAUUGUGUUCAUCAAAUAUUUUUAAGGAAUCUUGUUCGUCAAGUCCUUCUGAGCAAUUUGUCGUGACAUGUCCAAGGGCUGUUACCUCCGAGCCAGGAAGAUUUUUAAUGAAUGAAAAUAUGCAAUUAGAGGUUGAGGACAAUGACUUAUGCCAAGGAGACCAGUCAUUCAACUUCAAUUCAUCUUCUGAGGUCUCUGAAGAUGAAAAUGUGAACGGUACUUCUAGCUAUCAAGUGUUUCAUUUGGAGCGUGGGAAUGCUGAUGGCGGACCACCAGGUGAUGGUGACCCUGAUGAUAAUGACUUUGAAGAUGAUGAUGGUGAUGAGGGUGAUGAAGAUGAUGGCGAAGAAAACAAUUACUGGAAUGAGUUGGAAGAUCAGAAUGAGUUUGAAGGUGAAAACAAUGAUAUGGACAAUGACAAUGAACCAAGUGACCCUGAGGAUGAUGAUCCAAGUGAUCCAGAGAGUGAAGGUGAUGAUAAUGAAAAUGAUGGGGGUGAUAGAAACUUGACUUUUCAUCCUGACCGUCUAAAUACAAUAUGCCAUUUAUAUGCCAAUCACUCUGUUAAGGAGGUGUUUGCUGUUAUCCUCACUCUGUUUGAUAGGCAUAGUUGGACGUAUGAAGCAUUAAUUGGCUGCUUCCAGAUGUUAAAUUUUGUUAUGGGAGCUAACUUAUUCCCUAAAUCAAAGCAAACACUUUGGUCAGCGCUGAAUAGGAGAAGUCUUGGCAUUAAAAAACAUGCUUACUGCAAGAGGUGCAGAAGAUAUCUUGGCAGAUACAAAGAUCUUCCCAACCAAGUCGAAUGUUGUCAGCGAAUAUUUAUGAAGAGAGAUGUACCUUACUUCAUGGAAUUUGAUCUGAAGGCGCAAUUGAAACAAUUCUUAGCUCGCCCUGAUGCUGCUCAGUUACUCUUCUCCAGAGCUAACAGAGAGAAGCACAAUAUAGAAGCACUGGAAGACAUCUAUGAUGGCAGUGAGUAUCAACGCCUGGAGGCUCAAGGAAUUCUCGGAGCCAAUGACUUUUCAUACACCUUCAAUAAUGAUGGUUUCCAUGUUGCAAAAUCUUCUCAUGUUCAAGUUAAUCCAAUAUAUGUGCGAUUGAAUGAACUGCCAAUGAAUGUGAGGCAGAAAUAUCUAUUUGUUGCUGGAGUUUGGAUUGACCGUGGUGAUCCAGAAAUGGUUGUGUAUUUAGAUAAGUGCUUAGUCCAACAAGGUAACAGACUGUCUAGGCAAGGAAUCACAUGGAACGCACCAGGCAAAGGCAUCAUCACCAGCAAAUUCAUAGCAACAGUUUGUGCUGUGGAUGCCAAAGCUAGAUGCAUUAUAAUGAAUAUGAACCCCCCUACUGCUUAUCAUGGCUGCACAUUUUGCCCAAUACAAGGUGUGCAAGCAAAUGGUAUCCACUUUCCAGUACAGGAAGAAAUGCCUGAACCGAGGACACAUGCAGAACUUCAGGACUUAAUGGAAGCUGCUCACGAUAACCCUAAUGGAAAUUAUGAGGGUGUGAAGGGCAUAUCUCCACUUAUGUAUCUUCGUCACUUUGAUCUAGGGAAGGGGAUGUCAACAGACGACCUCCAUCCCUUCUUUGAAGGAGUUGUCCAAUUCCACAUGGACAAACUACUCACUGAAAACAAUGCUCCCUACUACAUUGGGUCCCCUGCAAAUAUUGCUCUGAUCAACGCUCGUCUUCUGUUAAUGAAACCUCCAACACUAUUGUCUCGUACUCCACGAGGUAUUGAUACCAGAGCAAAGUGGAGAGGUCACGAGUGGCGAAACUGGAUUUUAUACUAUGCUUACCCAUGCCUGACUGCCUUGCUGCCUCAAAGAUACCUGCGCCAUCUCAUGACUCUGUCCCGUGCUAUUUUCCUUGUGUCAAGAGAUUCUGUGACUGAGAAUGAUCUAAAUGAAGCCGAAGAAAAGUUUACUGAUUACGUCACAGACUUUCAAGCAUUUUUUGGUGUGCAGUGCAUGAGAUUUAAUGUACAUGUGUUGUUGCAUGCUGUGCGUGCUGUCAGGUGUUGGGGACCUGCUUUUGUGCAUAGUACUUUCAACUUUGAAUCGUGGAAUAUGAAGCUUAAAAAGCAUGUAAAAAGCAUGAAGGAUCCAAUCUUACAAAUUGUGAAUCGUCACUUAAUUACAUCUUUCAUUAAUGGUGUUCCCUUCGACCCAAAUUUUUCUCCUGAAGUCCAAUUAGAAGUUUCAUCGAUUCUCUUGAAGUCUGACUUAAAGACAGCAGAGAAAGUGGGAGAUGUCUUCUUGCUUGGUCAAGCGGAACCUGCGCUAGUGACUGAUGAAGAAAGAUUAGCUUUAGCAGAUGUUAAUAUCAGAAACAUUCAAGGAUUGAUUCGAUACAAGAGGGCACUGUAUGGUCGCCUUGAAAUUAGGUCAACUGAGUACACAAGACCUGAGAAGAACAACAAUAAUCAUAUUCUCUCAUGGAAUGGAAGCUUCUACAGAGUAAAAUCAAUAGUCAAAGUUACAAGACUCAAUCACCCCGAAACUUGUGUAUUAUUUGUGAAUAAAGUUGAGCUAAAUGGUCAUGCCAUUAUUGUGUCACAUUUUGGUGAAGUAGCACUUGUACAACAUAAUCGUCUUGAAAUUUGUCUUUUUGAAUCUGUUAGAGUUUUUGCACUAUUUAUUGAAUGUGCAGGGCUAUCAUGGAUUGUGCCACUGGCAAACUCAUGUGAAAUAGAUUAGUUAUUAUAGCCAUUUAAGCGCCUGUUUCAUGUUUCCAAAAUGCAAGGAAAAUGUAAAGAAUUUGCACUGUGAUAAAAUAAUUCUAUGUUAACAAUGAAUGUGUGAUCAUAAGUAAAACCAGACUCGAUUAGAAGAGUUUUCAUUCUAAUAGGAAUUCUAGUCAAGGACAUAGUAUUGCAAAUUAUGUUAGAACUAUCACUACUUUUUGUAUCCUAGCACUGCAAGGACCACCAGAGAGUUUCAAUAAAUAAUUAACAUCCUUUGUAAGGAGCCACUGGCUCCUCUUCUGAGUAAAUAAAAAAAAAACACGGAAACAACAGCACUCCUCCAUUCAAUUGAUUAAUGUACCACACAAAAUUAAAUCCAAGACUAACAUUUUACACUUUCCAGUGAGCCUUUAGAGGAGAGCAGAACACACUGGCGCGUAACAGAACAAUUAGGGCGCAUCUGGACGUUGAAGGGCAGUGCUGGACGUCCAGAUACGCCCUCUCCGGAGGGCGAGGAGUGCAGGGUGUAUGUGGACGCUGGCGGGGCAGUGCUGGACGUCCAGGUACGACCGUGUCACAGGGCGAGGAGAGCAGGGCGCAUCUGGACGUUGUCCGGGCAGUGCUGGAC